ACCGGAAGUAAUCGUCGGUUUCGGUGACGCGGCAUUAAGACUGCUAGACAUGGAACUGUUCAGGCUUGUCGGGUUGGUCUUCCUCAGCCUAGCUCUGACUGGAGCUCAGACGCUCUCGCCAGCUCACUAUCUUUCCCUCUCUGAUAUUGCUCGACUUCAAAACGUCUUCAGUCAGACCUUCACAGACCUGGAAUCGGCAUACUAUUCUGUUGUCGGUCUCACUAAACUUGGAACCACUGUUCCAGAUCACAAGGAUGUAUGCCAGUUCCUGAAUUCCGAGCUUGAUCCCACUAAUGUAGACUCAGUCUUCUUUGCUGCAGAGACAAGCCAAGCCAUAUCCGGAUGUGAGAUCCAUGUGACCAAUGAAACCAGGGAUAUGCUUUUGGCUGCUGUCAGUGAAGACUCCACCAUGACUCAGAUUCACCGUGCUGUGAGCGCGCUUAGCUCUUUGGGACUUCCUCUGACCUCUCAGGAGGUCGUUGGUGCACUAACAGCUCGCAUCAACAAGGAGGACAGUGUCAUGGCCAUUACUUCAGCUCUGCAAACAGCCACUCGUCUGUCUCAGCAGGCAGAACUUGGAAGAAUACUUGAAGAAAUUGAGGAUCUGACAGCACGUUUAGAUGAUCUUGGGGGGAUCUACCUCCAUUUUGAAGAGGGACUUGAGGCCACUGCCUUGUUUGUAACUGCUGCGUAUUCCCUGUCAGAUCAUGUGGAUAUGGAGCCCCCCCUCAAACAGGAUCAAGUAAUUCAGCUAGUGAACUCCAUUUUCAGCAAAAAGUCCUGGGAUUCUCUGGCUGAGGCCUUCAGUGUGGCAAAUGCUGCCGCUACCCUCUCCAACAACCGUUUCCAUGUUCCAGUGGUCGUCAACACUCAUGGCCCGCCCACCGUGUCACACAGCCAGCCAACCCUGCAGAUCCUAGUUACUGACGUCAUGUCUCAGCCUCUGGCCUCAGCUAAUGUGCAGCUGGAUUCUGCAUAUGCAGUGGCCACGAAGAGUAUAAUUCUUGGCCAAGCACAAUUCACUCUCAAUGAUGGUGUCUUUGAACUGAACUUCAUGUCCCAGCAGCCAACCAGUGGCUAUUACCAGUUAACUGUUUCUGUGACUGGUGAUAGCCGAUUGAUUGCUAAUCAUGUUGAGCUCAAAGUGAAAGUGUCGACUGAGGUGGCGGUUACCAAUAUGGACCUCUCUGUGGUGGAUAAGGACCAGAGCAUUGGCACAAAGACCACCAGGGUCGACUAUCCAUCCAAGGCCAAGAGCUCAUUCACCGCUGAUAGCCACCAGAACUUUGCCAUGGCCUUCCAGCUGGUUGAUGUCAAUACCGGCGUUGAACUUACCCCCCACCAGACUUUUGUCCGGCUGCACAAUCAGAAAACUGGCCAAGAGGUUGUUUUUGUUGCCGAGCCCGAUACCAAGGGUCUGUACAAGUUUGAGUUGGACGCAGCAGAGCGUAAAACAGAAUUUGCCCUCAUCUCUGGUACCUAUUUGCUGUAUCUCAUGGUUGGGGAUGCCACACUGGAGAACCCCAUCUUGUGGAAUGUGGCUGAUGUUGUGCUCAGGUUUGUUGAUGAAGAUGCCCCAGCAACAAUUCAACCAAAGACUCUUUACAUACCCAAACCAGAGAUCCAACACUUAUUCAGGGAACCAGAGAAGAAGCCUCCUACGGUUGUUUCCAACACAUUCACUGCACUCGUCCUGUCUCCCCUCCUGCUUUUGCUUAUUCUGUGGAUUAAGCUUGGAGCAAACAUUUCCAACUUUAGCUUUUCUCCCAGCACCAUUCUCUUCCAUGUUGGCCAUGCAGCUCUACUGGGCCUGAUGUACGUCUACUGGACCCACUUGAACAUGUUCCAGACUCUUAAGUACCUGGCGAUUAUCGGUGGUGUAACAUUCCUGGCUGGGAACCGCAUGCUGGCACAUAAAGCAGUGAAGAGGAUUGCCGCUGAGCAAAGUAGUAGGUUGGCAAAGUAUAGGAGCCUCCGAUAAAGCGUCCAUUUGUAACAAAAGAGCUGGUUGUGCUCCCAGGCUAAAAAUUGAGAAAAAAUAGACGCAAGACAUUGAACAAAGACACUGAAGGAGCACACGUUUACCCCCCCCCCCCCCCCCCCCCCCCCCCCCUUGGAUUCGAUCACCAAUACAUCUCAUCUCACUUUGGAACAUCAUAACAUUUGAAGAAUUUGUAUGUUGCCGAAUGGAAGGAAAUUCAGGAACUAUCAAACGUCUUUGAGAUCAGACAAGUUCUAUCUGACUGCUCCGCUGUGUUGCAGCGCGAUUGAUCAUUGCACUUCAUCUUCCUGUGAGAUUAUUUUACUUGUUGUACAACAUUGUUAGUGCUGUCUUGGUGUGCCUGAUUUAUUUUUUUGGGUAUGGUUUCUUAAUGGAAUUAAGGUUUUUGUUUAGUUUUUCUUUGUACAUUACCCUUUGUCUCACCUGCUUGUAAGCAUGCCAGCAGAUCUGACAUGCUGAUCCUUACUCACUGCUGUACUUUUACAGUACUUCAAACUGUACCAACUGUUUGAGUGUGUGUCAAGGCAGAGCUUGUUUCCUGUGUGAUACAAAUUUGCAUCUCCAAGAUAAAUUGUUCGUAACGUGUGGGAAUUUGAGAAUUUUUCUUAAGAAAUAAAGAAAUGGUCAAUUGGU